AUGCCUGAUACAGAUUUUUUCCAUACAAAUAGCAAAAAUUAUAGUUUUGAUUUCGAAGAUUUCAUUAAAACAGAAAUAGGACUUGGUAACAAUAGCGAUUCAGAUCAAAUUUGUCAAGAUUUUUUAAGAGGAACAUGUACGAAGGGCAUGAAGUGUGAAUUCAAGCAUACUACAAAUUUUCGUGAAAAAGCUGUAGUAUGCAAACAUUGGUUACGUGGACUUUGCAAAAAAGGAGACCAAUGUGAAUUCUUACACGAAUUUAAUAUGAGAAAAAUGCCCGAAUGUUGGUUCUAUUCUAGAUAUGGUGAAUGUAGUAAUGAGGAUUGUAUGUAUCUACAUAUCGAUCCAGAAUCUAAAAUAAAGGAAUGUGCUUGGUACGCGAGAGGCUUUUGUAAACAUGGUCCACAUUGUAGACAUAAACAUGUACGAAAAGUUGUAUGUCAGUUGUACUUGAGUGGUUUCUGCCCAAAAGGGUCAGAUUGUCCUAAUGGACAGUAA